UGCAAACCUAAAGGGGGAGGAGGAGAGCGCUACGGCAUUUUCUUAUUAUUAUUAAUAAUAAUUAUGUAAUUGAGAUUUGAGAGAGGGUUUAAUCAGGGUUUCUUCGGAGUUUAUCUUUUUCUUUUUUCCGUUUCUUCACUCUCCUUUUUGUUUCUGAGUAGCACUUCUUCUUCAGGUUCUCUCUCUCGCUAACGAUGCGCCAUGAGAGCAUUCUACAACUUCAGCCAUGAAUCUCCAUGCCAAGACUGUACCGCAUCGCCUCUCAACUUGUCAACGUCAUCCUAGCAAACCGGUGACCGGAUUCUGCGCCUACUGCCUCCGGGAACGCCUCGCCGGGAUUGAUCCCGAUACGCGCCAGGAAACUCCUCCUCGGAACCAGCAUUCUUCGUCGGAGCUCCGCCGCAGUAAAUCUUUCUCUGCGGCGAAGCGCGACGCUGGCAUCGGGCAACCGGAGGUGCAGCAUCGGAAGUCGUGCGAUGUUCGCUCUGGGAACAGCUUGUCGGACCUUUUCUGCCGCGAAGACCGGCCGAAAUGUCCGAAUCAGGAGGUGGAGAUCGAGUCCGAGAACUUAGGUUUUGAAUUGCGGGAGGUUGCGGCAAAUGAGAGACAGUUUAGGGCUUCUGAGGGGGCAAUUGGACCGCCUCUGGAUACAAUCGACGAUUUUGCCGGAGGGGAGGCUGAGUUCAAGACGAUGAAAGAAUUUAUAGAUCUUGAAAUUCGGAGGAAGAAGAAUACGGGCCGAGAUUUAAGAGAAAUUGCAGGGAGUGUCUGGGAAGCGGCUUCAGUCAUCAGCAAGAAACUCGGAAAAUGGAGGAAAAAGCAGAAAAUGAAGAAUCUCGGUAACAGUAGUAAUGCAGGUACGGUGAAAACAGAGGGUUUCAAGCCAAGAAUGCUUGAAACGAGGGAGACUCGUUCCGAGGUUGGAGAAUACGGAUUGGGAAGAAGGUCUUGUGAUACAGAUCCAAGAUUCUCCGUCGAUGCAGGAAGGAUGUCGUUGGAUGAUUCCCGGUAUUCGUUCGAUGAACCCAGGGCUUCUUGGGAUGGGUAUUUGAUUGGAAGAACUUAUCCAAGGCUUGCGCCGAUGGUUUCAGUUUUAGAAGAGGUCAAAUUCCCUGGCAAUGGAUUUGAGAAUGGUGAUCCUCCUGAUGAAGCAGAAGGGCCCCUGAUGAAUGUAGGAGAUAAGAUCCCUGGUGGAUCGGCUCAGACCAAGGAUUACUAUAUGGAAUCAUUGUCUUCUCUGAGGCGGAGGAAAAGUUUUGAUCGUUCAAGUUCGCACAGAAAAGGGGCGUCUGCAGAUUUUGAUGACUUGAAGUCAAUAUCAAACGCAAAGGUUUCUCCUGCAACUACAGAGUUGUUCUAUGGUGCGAAGGUGUUGAUUACAGAGAAAGAUUUGAACGACUCUCACUCAAAAUCAACCAGAGAUGGCGAUUUGAGUGGCAGUGAAGUUACUUCCAAAGAUUCUGUUCCUGAUGCAGCUGGGAGCGAUCGGAAGACAUUCAAGAAGGCGUACAGAUGGCAGAAAGUAUUAAAAGUUUUGGGUAUGAUGCAAAAGCGAAGCGAGAGCAAGUCUGAUGAUGAGGAAGGCUGUGUUGGAGUAAACUCGGUUGACCGGCCCUUGGCCGAGUCUUGGGAAAAGCUGAGGCGGGUAGCUAACGGAGAAGCAAAUUGUUCUGUUAGCCAGAAGCUCAUUCGCAGCUAUAGCGUAAGCUGUAGAGAUCCCAACAAACUGGCUGGGUUCAACGGCGGUAAUGAUUUGAAACUGAACGGUUUAAGGCGGAGAGACGAUCUUACAUUGCAGAGGAAUCGGAGUGUCAGGUAUUCACCAAAUAACUUUGACAAUGGCUUAUUAAGGUUCUACUUGACGCCAUUGAGGAGCUACAGCAGAGGCAAACCAGGAAAGAGCAGGCCAAGAAGUUCUCCUUUCAAUGUCAAACAUGUCACGUAAAAAGGUGCAUCACUUCUUCCUUCAAGAAAAGUCUGUACUGUAAACAUUAUAUAAACUAGUUAUUCUCAUCCCUCUGAUAAAACUUAUGUUCUUAUUACGAGCUGGAUAAAGCUUGAAAAAUGAAAAAUUAAUUUCAGUUGUUAAUGGCUUAUUUGUGUAGAGAUUAUCCAGAUAUGAACAACUUCUCUAAUACCUUCUUUUUUUAGUAUGAGUUGUUAACAAACGGAAAAACAACAAGAACAAAAACUAAAUUUAGAGACGGAAUAAAGAGGCUGUUUUUUUGGAUUA